CUACUCAUCAUCUCGCUGUUAUAAUCAUCGUUGAUCGAUUCUCACCCAUCAUCAUCUCGCUGUAAUAAUCAUAAUCAUCUAUCGAUUCUCACCCAUCAUCAUCUCACUUAUCAUCAUCAUCAUCCAGCGAUUCUAACCCAUCAUCUCGCCGUUAUAAUCAUCAUCUAUCUCAUCAUCAUCCAUUACAUCUUUGUCCACCGCUAGUGCCAAUUCCCUGGUCUGCGAUCGGUCUCGCCGAUAUAAUCGUUUCUUUAAUUCAACCAUCAUCGUCAUCAUCAUCUAUCCCAUGAGCUCAUCAAUUACAUUUCAUCUCAUCCAUUCCAUCAUCAUCUCGUCAUCCUUCCCCUCAUUUCGUCCGUUCAAUAAUAAUCAUCAUCAUCAUCAUCGACCACAUCACCCAUCUCAUCAUUUCCAUCCACAGAAGCUGGAAUGUUCCAAAGUGGCAACUGAACUGUUCGUGUGUGUUUUGUGCUGUUCUUAGGUACAUCCCAUGAGCAACCAUCCCACCAUCAGAACAUCGACCAUCCCAUCAACUCAUCUAUCAGCCAUCGUCCACCACUAGUGCCAUUCAUCUCAUCGCAUCAUCAUCAUCAUCUUCUUGGUUCUUUCGGUAAUGUCACGUAGAAGGGAAAUAAUAAAAUAAUAAAAAUAAAACAUAAUAAAAUACAAUUCUCACGACGUUUCGGCCACAACGCAAGCAGCCGUCCUCAGGUGAAGAACAGGUCUGUCGGAAAGACAGCGUCUGAAUGAACACCACCAGGCUUGGCAGCGUAUAUUUAAGCUGGGUUAGGGUAGGAAGGGCGCCUUGACAAAGGAAACGUCGUGAGAAUUGUAUUUCAUUAUGUUUUAUUAUUAUUGUAUUAUUUCCCUUCUACGUGACUUUACCGAAAAGAACCAAGAAGAUGAAUCCCUGCGGUCACGAAAGCUUUAAAUCGAAAUAAAAUCAUCAAUCAUCAUCGUCGCCCAGCCCAGCAGGUGAAGACGGGUGCGUGAGGAUGAAGAGGAGGAGUGAGAGUUGACGUGGCCGGUGGAGAUGAUGGGCCAGGGACCCCCACCAGGGCCCUCUCCUCGCACCGUCGACCCAAGGGGAGCCACGUGGACCGGAGCGGGUCUCCUCGGCUCGGGCUGGACUGGCUCCCUGCUCGUUGGAGUCCUGGUCCUGGGAGUCUAUUGGCGAACCCUGCACCCUUCAUUGCCCGGUGGAGACUCUGGUGAGCUGAUCACAGCGGCGCACGAGCUCGGGGUGGCUCACCCUCCAGGUUACCCACUCUUCACGCUGCUCGCGAAGCUCGCGAUGUCGCUCACUUCGUCCGGCUCGCCCGCCUUCCGCGUCAACCUCCUCACCGCCGCCUGCGCCGCCGGCGCCGCUGCGCUCCUCCACGCCGCCGUCCACCGGGCCUCCGGCUCCGUGCCGGCCGGCGUUCUCGCCGCGGGCCUCUUCGCCUUCUCGCGCCUCACCUGGCACUGGGCGGUCGCCGCGGAGGUGUUCAGCCUCAACAACCUCCUGGUGGCGCUGCUCGUCCUGCUGGCGGCCUGUUUCGGCGCGGCGCCGGACGCGCCAUCGCGGUGCAAGUUCGCCAAGGCCGGAGCGUUCGUGUGCGGCCUGAGCCUCAGCAACCAGCACACGGCGUCGCUCUACGUGGCGUGCCUGGUGCCCUGGGCGCUGCACGCUCUUCUCAAGCGCAAGGAGCUGGGGGCCGCGCCGCUGCUGCGCCUCGCGGCCUGCUCGGCCGCCGGGCUGCUGCCCCACCUCUACCUGCCCGUGUCGUCACACCUGGGCCUCGCGCGCUGGACCUGGGGCGACCAGUCGUCCCUGCACGGGUUCCUGACGCACCUGCUGCGCCAGGAGUACGGGACGUUCAGCCUGGCCAAGUCCGGGUCGGGCUCGGGGAUGCUGACGAUGCUGAGCGUGCAGGCUGCACACAUGCACCGCGAGCUUCUGGGCGUGGGACCCCUGCUGGCUGCAGCGCUCUUCCCCCUGCUCGUUAAACACAGGAGCCGCGAGCGAGACGCGUUGCCGCCCCUGCUGCUGGCGCUCAUGCUCGCCGUCUACUCGCUGGUGUUCGCCUGGAGGGCCAACCUGGACGUCUCGACGCCGCUGCUCCUGGGCGUGGUGGAGCGCUUCUGGCUGCAGAGCAACCUCGUGGUCUGCGUGCUGGCCGGCAUGGCCGCCGCUCGCCUCGGCGCCCUCGCGCGCGCCCUGCUGGGCCACGGGAGGCCGCUGGCCGCUUGCGAGUGGCUGCUCGUGGCCUGCUGCGUCCUGCUGCAGCUACGGCGCAACUACAGCGUGUGCGACCAGAGCUCCAACGUGGUGGUGGAGCAGUUUGGGGCCAACAUUUUGCGAUCGCUGCCACGCGGCGCACUGGUGCUGACGCGGGGCGACCUGCCGGGAAACGCGCUGCGCUACUUCCACUACUGCGAGCACCAGAGGCCCGACGUGGCCCUCGUGGACCAGGAGCUUCUGACGUACCCGUGGUACGUGCGCAAGCUGGGCCGCCACCUGCCCGGCGUGCACUUCCCUGGCGACCGCUGGCAUCCUGCGGAGGGCCUGCACCCUGACGGGACGCUCGCCUUCAGCAUGAGGAGUUUCCUGGAGGAGAACCGGGGGCGACCGGUGUUCUCCUGCAUCGGGCUCCCCGAGGAGGAGUCCUCGUGGCGCGACGCCUUUGAGCGCCGCCCCUGGGGUGUCUGCGAGCAGCUGGUGCCCGUCGGGACGCCGCUGCGGGCACACGAGCUGGCCGAGGCCACGACGGGGCUCUACAACUGGACGCUCCCCUACCACGGGUUUGACCCCACCUCUUGGGACCACGUGGCCAAUGAAGAGAUGUGGCAAGCGAGGAUCAAGACGCCGUUCUACCUGUUCGAGGUGGCCGAGGAUGAGCGACUGCCCAGGGAGACGAGGGUCGCCCUCUACGCUCUCAGCUACCAGCUCUACCAGCCGCUGGUGUCCGGCGAGGAGCAGCCGCUGCCCCUCAACUGGCACAAGAACUUCGCGCUGGCGUGCGAGCGCCUUCUGCGCGUCGGGGGGGCGGGGCAGGCGGCGCCGCACGCCGUGCCAGCCGAGCGCCUGCUGCGGGAAGCCGUCGCUCACUUACGCCGCUACGUAGAGGGGGCGGUGGCGGAGCGGGGCCAGCAGGACCUGCAGCUGGAGUCGGUGCGGCAGCUGGCAAGGCACCUGGCCGAAGAGCUGGCACGGCUGCGGCGCGGGGCGGCGAUGGCACUAGGAGGAGGAGCAGGAGGAGGAGCGGGAGGGUCCGCGUAGCCAUGAUGAUCGACCCACUCGUACGGACCGCUACACUCGGUCCGCUGCGUCGGUGGGGACGUUCGGUGGUGCAGACGUCUCUGUCGGUGGGCACUGUCGCGGCUCUACCCGAGGGCAGGGGGCGGGUGGCGCCACCCCCUGCUGCCGGUGCGGAAUCGAGGUCACUUGAAGGGCUCUUGAGGAAGUGAGUCCGUGAUAUCCGCUUCCACGGGCCGCUCUCUCUCUCUCUCACGUGGAGGGUUGCACUGCUGUGCGAGAGAUCUGGACGGAUUUAUUCGUCUCGUAACGUGACACCGAAAGUGCCGUGGGGAUAUAACUGGGAAUUUUAUCUUUUUUGUCCAGAAUUUAUAUUUUUUGUAAACCACUGUGGCCUUUGCACUGGGAAACGGACGCGUUCGAAGUCGUGUCCAACCGCAGAUUUGCCGAUGAGCCGAUACUGGCCCCUAGUGGUGAGACCACACCACCGCGGCAGUCAACGCAAGCGCGGCUCACGCGGAAAGUCGAUUGGAGUCGGUGGCGGCCAACGGCACAUCAACGGCUUUGAGUCGGUGGCCUGCACAGCAAUGCGACUGCACGGUCAGCUCUUUUGAUCCGGCGGUUUCGACAAGGCCGAGAGCAUCGUGCGUGCGGUGCGGUGGUCACGUGACGGGCACGGAAGACACACGGAUGGGAGAGGUGCCUUCCUGCCCCCUCCGUGAGCAGCAGCAGCAGCACACCUCCGAAGCUCGUUAUUUAUACAACGCAGACCUCCUUCAAAGAACUCCUCCGCAGAGGGGCGCACGGCACACAAGAGCAGCGUAAUCUCGGCGACGUGGCGCUCGUGCGAGGCCGAGAUGCCGUCGCAGCCGCUGCGCCACCGUUCCGCCCGCUGUAGAUGACUAUAGAAUAACGAUUUCUCACGCGCACGCAUCGACGCGGGCAUCACGGGUGUACGACUCGGUUGAGCUGCUCUUACAUGAAAUUAUAUAUGUGAGCACAUUUCCAUUUUCCACACAUGAAAAAAUUAUUAUCUUUAGUCAAUCAACCUAUUGGCUUUCCAGACCAACAUUAAAAAGCUACAUUUGUUUCAGAAAGCAAACGCCAUCGCGGUUUCCACCUUAUGGGUCUCAUCGUUAGAGUCUAAUUAACGUCCCGUUGCUGACCAAAAGGCCUUUUAAGCUUACCUCCAUCCCUCCCCCAGCAGCUCCCAUCCAGCCGUGGCCUCAGAAUCAGAAUGUUUACUUAGACUGUAGGAGGAAACCGAUGCUGUUUCCCUCUCUUCCGAAAUCCUUCUCCCGGUCUCCACAGCCACCUUCAUCUAUCCUCCGCUCGGUGGCUCUCCAAACCCCGGGCGAUCCGCGCUCUGCGUCGCGAGCCAAUUCCCAAGAUUCCCACGAUUCCCACGGUUCCCACGGCAGCGUUUGUAGAACGCGGGGGUUAAAAUUACUCUUCCCCCCCCCCUCCCCCCGCUAAUGAGGCGAAUGAAAGAGGGCGCCGAUAACUUUUGAGCGGCGCACCUCGCGUUUGAAUGACUCGCGUCGCGGCGGAAAUUAGCGGAGGCCCGUCGCAGGGCCCAAGGCGCCGUGUCUAAUUUGGCAAUAUCACAACGAGCGUAAUCUCUCCGAUUCACACAAGAGAAACUCCACCGAACGCGCCAUUAGGCAAACAUCUCCCAACGUUAAAUGUCUUCUCGAUAUCCUGCAGGCAAAUGAGAUUAAGUGCUAAUAGAAUAUUAUAAACAGCAUUGCCCCAACCUCAUUUGCACAAUACUUUAGCACUUGGCCUACAGAAACUAGCAAUUUAAAAUCAAUUAUGGGGACUAAUAAGAUGUGUGUAUAUAUACAUCGAGGCAUACCUAUGGCUGUUUAACACGUAGGCUUUCGUGACUAAUAUCCACGAUAUAGGUUUUUGAGUUAGAUCGCAUAAAUAUAAAUGUGUCGUUAAACCCGCCACCACCCGACACAGGCAAUAUGUAAGGUUUGUCACGUAAACUAAACGUGCCAAUUUGUUACUAGUACAGCACACCGGUGUGUUGGAGAGUAAACCCACUAACUUUUACAACCAGCAUCAUCAGGCAACAGCCAGAGUUGUGGAGAAAUCUUCCUGUUUCGGUAUUAAAUAACGACACAUUUAUAUUUGCGCGAUCUCACCCAAAAAAACCAUAUGGACGGAUACCUAUGACUGUCGAGGUGCCAAAUGGCGAGCGAUAAAUCCGGCGCCAAGGAGCGAACGACGUCUCUGUCGCGACACGAGGGACGCUGCUGCCACAGCGGCGAGGGUCACGUGGCUCGACGCGCAAUCCGGAGUUCCCGGUUCGACUCCCGGAGAUCCCCCGCACGGCUAAAUCUCCGCCUCCCGUCCUGCCGGCAGCCCGAGCGGGUGCACCGCCACGAUUCGAUCGGCAGGUCGCGCCCGUGGUGGGGUAAGCUGUAGCUACUCCCCCCACCUCUUCCUUGAUGUCAGGCCAGCGUGGGAGAGGAGGUCGAAUGCCCUCUCGAGGGGCUGUCUUGACCUCCCCGUUGCACUCUGUAUGAACGGUCAUCUUUACUCGGCUGAAAACAUCUUCAAAAUGAAAGCCCGGUGCAGCAGGAGCCCCCUGAAAGAGUCCUUCGACGACUCGGUGUGGCUUGCCUGGAUAAAGGGGGAGAUGACUCUUGUUAUUUCUCUACUCUAGAGCCUCCGCUGGCCUUUGAGCCCACAGUGGCUUGAGCCAGUCCCUUGUAGAGCUGCAGUCUGAGCGGCAGAUGUCCCGCUCGACGUGUACAGCUCGCGAGCACGGCACGAGAGUGUGCUCGCUGCAUCUGUUGUUGGUUUCGAGACCGGAGUCUCCCAAAGAUGUUCACCUCUCCGCGAGCCGAGUUCCUAAACGCCGCUCAGUUGCGUGAUCCUGGGAGUGGCUUUCUCGCAGAACUCGCGUUGAUCGUUCCGACGGCCCGAGCGGUGCACGACGGAUGAUGCCGAGGUGCGGCCUUCAACGAGCCGGCGGGGGAGCUGGCGCGCGUCGCGAUAACCGCGUGGGACACGGCGAUCCACUUGUAGACACCGCACUCGGAUAGCAGCGAUGAAUUGUAGCGAAAACACAACGCUCGGUUCCCGAAGCCCUCCCGUGUCUCCCGUCCAGUCUCCGAUAACGCAGCGGCGCCACCGCUCUGCUCCUCAGUCAGAUGUGUUCCGUCUUGCGGCAGCGAGAUGGAACCUCUCGAGUGAUAUUCCAGAUGGAUAUAUUUUUUUAUUCAAUCCCUACCGUUCGGAACUUGCCCGUGUGUACAGGUGUUUGCGGAUGAUUUUGUCCAUCCUGUUGUCGUUGUUGUUGCUGCUGUUGCUGCUGUAACCAAGGUCCCCCGUCGAAACUGAGCAUUCCUUGCCGCAGUCGGUUUUACCUGCGGCCAAAAUAAAACCUC